AGAAUCUGAAUUAAAGGUGGAAGAAUUAUUAACUGCAAACAACUGGAGAGAUUAAAUGGAAAAGCUAUCGUAAACUUCCUGAGAAACCACUGUCUGCGCCUGUUAAUACACUCCUCCCACAACCUUCCAGGGUACACCUCCAAAUACAAGCGGUUGAACAUGCAUGUGGUACACAUACAUAAAUGCACCCAACACAUUUUCUUCUUUAAGAGGAGUUAAUAUUCUCGGAGUCAUAGCUAAAACAGAAUUAUCUUCUUUGCAUGCAUUUUUGCCUGGAGGCAUGGUGGGCAAGCAGUCUAUCACUGAGUAAUUUAAAUCAACCGACUAAAAUACAGCCUGAGGCAAACCCACCACGGUUUGCAGUUGUCUUCUCCAGACACUGGAAAGGUCUUGGAAUCGGGCGGGCCACAGCAGGCAGGGUAAGCGAAGCCUCGGGCUAAGCAGUCACCUCUGCCGCUCCCGCCCGUGGGAGCUCAAAUACCAGUUCAGGAGCAGAGAGGGCCGCAGGGUAUAGCAUCAGGAUCCACGCUCCACUUCCACCAGGCACAUCCUCCCACACCCCGCCUCCUAGAGGCGCGCACUUCCGGCCACAAAGGCGCUCGGGAACUCAAGCGGUGAGCCUGCACCAACCAGCGGCCGCGUCGGGCCGGAGCGACUGCGCGCGCAUCGCGGCGCAGGUUCGAAUCUCGGGCGCCUCGCUGCGGCUCCCCAACGUCCCGGUCCCCCUCGGGGCGCCGCAGCCCUCUGCUCCGCGCCGCCUUCCUCCCUCCCUCCGCCACCCGCGUGCCACCCAUCCCCAGCCCAUGGCCAAGCGGCGUGCGUCCGAGCCGCUCACGUUCCGCGUGCCUUGGAAGCGGCUCUUGCUCAGCGACUUCCCCGAGGGGCCACCGCUCUGGGUCCCGCCGGCUCGGUCCCGCAAACGGCAGGGGGACGCGGGGACCAUGGUGGAGCCUGCGGCUGCGCCCAGCAAGCGACGCGGCGGCGGGGAUGGCGGCCAGGAGCGGCAACUUUGCCGCGGCCUGGAGCCGGGAAAGCCACCUCCAGGCGAGCAGGAAGAACCCCGGGGCAGCCGAGCUCCCGGCGGCGACGACGACGGGAUGGGGAGCGCGGGCAGCGGAGCCGACGGGGCGCACGUCCAGCCCAGUGAAGACUUUUGGCAGUAUAAUACGUUCCAGUACUGGAGGAAUCCUCUACCACCUCUUGAUCUGGCAGCUCUUGAAGAUGUGAGUGCCGACAGUUUGACAGAAACACUUGAGGACAAGAAUGAAGUAGUUGAGAUUGACAUGGAAUCCUGACAGGAGAAACUGAAGAAGUGGAUUUUUUAAUUUGAGAAGAACUAAAGGAAAUGUUAUUUUCCAUCCUUGACAUUUGACAUGGUACUGUUGUCAAACCUGAAAAAUGGGGAAGAAUUUUUCAGGCUUAAAUACUUGUAAUUACUACUGAAUAUCCUAAUGGAGAUUUUUAAAGGAUUUAAUAUAGCUGGAGGCAAAAUACUUGCAUUUUUAGUGAAAGGGGUUUUGUUCCUGCUCUAACUUUGGAGAUGCUUAUCUUGGAAAGGGUGUUGCAGCUUUAGAGGAAGCACUCAGCUCUUCCUCUCUUGCUCUGUCAAAUGCUCCUCUGCACCAAAAAGCUUUCUUGCGGUACAUGGAAUGAACACAUUUAACAUUUAUAUAACUGAUGCUAAUAAAUACUUUCUAGUACAUUUUAUUGGCUCCUCUUGGUUGAACAAGUAGACUUGAGUAUCUAUGCAAAUUUAAAGUGUGAGAUUGUUUCUUAAGCUAAUAUUGUUUUAGAAGACAAUGAAUUUUAAACUAGUGAGAAUUUCCAUUUGGGUAGCUUGUUUUAUCUUUCAGUAUUUGCUGUUUAUUAGAGACAACGGAUAUAGCCAAAAACUGGAUAAAGAGCAGUAAGAAGUAGAUGCCUGCCCCUCCUCCCCUUUUCUGAAGUGAAAGGAAUGAUGUGGUCAGAGAAUUGAGUUUUGGUUUGAGUCCAUUUUGUUACUGUUGACUACUUUAGCCCCUUGACUACUUUAGCCCCGCAGUUCUCAACACUGAUAGCACUUUAACAGGUUUUGUUUUUUUGAGCCCCACCCUAGAGAAAUUUCAUUCAAUUAUUUGAAGGUGGGCUUUACACAUAAUUAGUCUUUUAUUGUUGUGUUGUUUUGGGUGCCAAGUCUGCAUUCCUGUACUGUGCAGAGCUGGCCAGAACCACUAGACUAGGAGCUUUUCCUGUUUAAAGGAGAUCGCUAGUGAGCUGAAGAAUGCCUGUUUGUUAGUCUUGUCCUUGAUUUGUUACAUUAUUGGAUCUGUCACUUCUAAGUUAUUGUGUUACAGUUUUAUUGUUAAUAAAGUACACUGUUUAUGCUUGAGUUAUGUAUCAAUUACUGCUUUUUGUAUUGCAUACAGAAUGCUGGCUUUGUUACUGAAUAAUUUGUUUAUGUUUGUGUAUUUUUGACAUUAAAUCCAGUUCAAAAUUUAGAAAAGAUAGUUGAUGUCAGUAAGAGGAAAAUGAGAAAUAAUAAAUAGUAUCUACCUCA